UCAGGAUGACGGAGCGUUCACAUUCAAUUUCAAUCUGGUAGCUAUGCAUCAAGGACUGGAGGUCACCUACGCCUUGAACAAGACCUGUUCUCCAUCCCUCCCCUGGUCUCCCAGAGAGGUUACCUGUGAGCCCAACUACAUGGAGGUGUCUGUGAGGAGUGAUGUGACCUGUCCAACUGGAACAAAAAGAGACUACUGGGAUGCUACUGUCCAAACUGCAUAUACUUCAGCCAUAUCUGAAUGGCAGGUGAUGUUUCAGGGGGAUGAGCCCUUAACCAUAAACCUUACAGAGGCUCAGAACCGGGGAUAUGCAUUUGCUUUGACGUAUGGAAGGCUUGUAUUUCGUACACCGUAUGGACAGCCUGACUCAUUCAGCACUGAGGUGAACGGUGUUCCAGUAGAGGUCAUCCAUGCAACUUUAUUCUCCAGACAAAGCUGGGUCAUCCUCAUGGUUGACCUGAUGGCUGCUUGUCCCAUGAGUGCGGGCUCGUAUGACAACAAUGGCUACAUGAUGUGGGAGAUUCCUGAGGUCCUGUACCCACUGGUAUCUGGUCUACAUGAGAUGCAAAUAAAUCUUGGCGCCAAUGGUGAACUUGUCGAGCAGCCGCUUGCAGAGGAGAGGGGCUACGUUGUGGAGAAGCACGACAACAUGGUGCAGAUCAGCAUCCCCUACAAUGCUGAAGGAGGAACCAGGAAGAGUUAUGUGUCUGAUGGCCUCUUUGAAUACUACAUGUUUGAUCUGUACUUGGAGAAGCUCUCUGUGGAUGAGGAUCACUUGGAAACCAGACUUCGCUGUCACAGGACACUGGCCACUCCCCUGCUGCCACGCCACCUUUUCACAGAAGACCGAACAGUUCUCGAGCAGCACACCUUCACAGUCUACCUCGGAGAUGUCCCUGAAGAUGUUGAGUUGAUGGCGGUUCAUUUGAAUGGGCAAGAAUUCCCAGUUCUCUUUACAAAUGAUAGAAGCCUCACAAUUGCAGAAGUUUUUCAUGCUAACAACACUCAUGGCUACACUUUGAAGGUGCCUUUUGAUGAUCCUCUUGUCACACGGCAGUUCUCCAAAGAAGAUGCAAUGAUGCAGCACAAGGUGGACAUCAACUACACUCUGACUGUGCUGCCUGAAAAUGAGCCUUUUUACCACCUUGAAACAGUCAUGGUGUUGGUGGAUGUCUCUCCUCCAGGUUUUGAUGCCGUCUGUUCUGAGUCUGGGAUCAGCUUCAGACUGGACUACCGGCCUUAUGACUACCUGUGGGAGAUCACUAUCGGUUCAGACCCUCUGACCCCAGAGCUGGUGGCCCAGCACGGCUACAUCGUGAGCAAUAACAGCCAGAGUCUGCUGCUCGAGGUGCCGCUCUUCACUCACGGCUAUGAGUACGAGAAUAUUACUCUGAAGGGCUUCUUCGGUACUUUUGAGAUCCUCGUAAGGGAUCAUGAAACGUCUACGGUCCAGAGCGCCACUCUCAAGACUUGUCCUUUCACUACCAACGAAUUCAUCAUGUGUUCAACUGAUGGGCGGAUGACUGUGGUGGCCGACUUGUCUCUGGCCAUCCCGAGUGGAGGAGUUCUUGCGCGAACAAAUCUCACUGACAAAAACUGUGGACCAAAAGAGACUGAUGACACCAGGGCUCUUUUCUCUUUCCCACUAAACAGCUGUGGAUCCACAGUCCAGCUCGGCGAGGAAUACGUGACCUAUGAAAACAAGCUCUUCAGCAAGAAGUUGGGUGCACUGAGAAAUCCAACAGACUCGGGCAAUGAAAUUGACAGGGUGACUAUGCAGUGCACAUAUCCUCUGGCUGGACUACUUCGCCUCUUCUCUGGGCACAAGUUUGAGUCUGACACAGCAGGUGUUGGGCGUAUCGUGCAUUCCACACACACCACUGGAGAGCUAAUGGAUUCUACCAAGGAGCCCAUAACUGUGAUUCAAACACCAGUGUUGACUACCAAACGCUUCAGAAAACCUGUCUCCAGACGACCAGCUUACCGUCCUGCAGCUAAGGACAAAGUGUCCAGCUUUCUGAACUAUGUUUCUAAAAAGAGGAACUAGAGGAUCUGCAUAAGUCAAAGUGACUGCUGUACUUUGACAGCAUUAAUGUAUUUUAAAUGCAAAAAAUAAUAAAUUGUUAAGUAUAAA